GACACAUUUACCACAACCAUUUCAUACUUAUCUCGACAUCUCUCUCCUGUAGUCACCGAGCAACCCAUUCGUGGUAAGCUUUGCCUUCUUCAGUGUAUAUCUUACUUUCCAAUUUUAGUGAACCGCUUUUCUAACAAUGUAGUGAAACCAUUAGUGCGAGAAAUGGAUGAGAAGUCACAGAUGCACCAGUCAGUAAUAACUGGAGUAUUUGAAAAUGGCUUCAUGGGUGUAGAAGUCCCCGAAGCUUAUGGCGGUACAGGGUCAUCAUUCUUUGACUCUAUACUUAUCAUAGAGGAACUUGCGAAGGUCGAUCCAUCUGUAUCAGUCUUCGUCGACGUUCAGAAUACCUUGGUAAUACCGUUGAUUUUGCAGUUAGGAACAGAAGAUCAGAAGAAAAAGUAUUUACCAAAGAGCUGUACAGAAUGGGUUGGCGCUUUCUGUCUCUCAGAAGCUGAAUCUGGCUCUGAUGCAUUUGCUAUGAAAACCGUUGCAAAAGAGGAUGGCGACGAUUUUCUCAUUACAGGGACAAAAUUGUGGAUUACUAAUGCUGGUCAUGCUUCAUUCUUUCUUGUCUUUGCCAAUGCUGACUCGUCUAAAGGUUAUAAAGGGAUCACUUGUUUUCUGAUUGAUAGAAAUGAGAAGGGGGUAUCGGUAGAGAAAAAGGAGGACAAGUUAGGAAUUCGUGCAUCAUCUACUUGCCCAGUGAAUUUCGAAAAUGUUCGAGUACCAAAAUCAGCUAUUCUUGGUGAAUAUGGAAAAGGAUACAAAUAUGCCAUCGAGUGUUUGAAUGGUGGUCGAAUUGGCAUUGGUGCCCAAAUGGUGGGUUUAGCGCAGGGGUGCUUCGACAACGCUGUAUUGUAUCUUCAAGAAAGAAAACAGUUCGGGUCAAGAAUUAUAGACUUUCAGGGAAUCCAACAUCAAGUCUCACAAGUUGCUGUAGAAAUUGAAGCAGCUCGCUUAUUAGUUUACAAUGCCGCAAGGAUGAAGGACAGUGAUAUUCAUUUCGUCAAAGAAGGUGCUAUGGCGAAGCUGUAUUCUUCGCAGGUACGUCGUUUUUCAUCUAAGAAACAAUCUCCAUGGCUUGUAGUGCGUUUCUUCGUCAGGUCUGGUUCCAAUCACGUCCUGCUCAACACGAGUUUUACUUGCUUCUAA